AUGAGAGCUCAGGAAACGUUAUUUAAUGAGUUGACCUUGGACAUUGCUGUACCUAACGGAAGUAUACAAUGUACCAAGGAAGAAGUUGAUUCUAUUUUCACUACAAAGGCGAGGACUAUUGCGUAUUAUGAUGAAACACUUCAUUUUUAUCUUAUAAUUGGUCUUCCUGCUGAUUCUGGUCUAUCUGAUCAAGAUGCUGCAAUAAAUUAUUUUCAUCAAUUGGAUAUAUUUGUUGAAGCAUCAAUUAUUGAUGCUAGUACUUUAUCUGUUCCUUCACCAAAUCCUCCUGCUGUAUAUCGUUUACCUUCUCGAGCAAGUUCAACAGCUACUUCACCAUCAAUACCUGGAACUCCUUUGCCACCUCCAAUGGAUAAAAGAAUUAGUAAACCAACAGAAGGUUCUGUUAUAUACUCAUAUUUAUACAAUCCAAAUUUAAAGGAUCGUCAAAUGGUGGUCAUUGAAAGGAAUGGUUGUUGGAAUGGUGUUUUUCCCCUAAUUGUACCCGUAGCUUAUGUUAAAACCCGAGCUCAAACACCUGCAUUAGCUCUUAGCACAAUAGUGACGCAGAAACCUCAACCCAAAGUUCAAAUUGACGUAAAAUCACCAGAAGCUGAUUUAUAUGCUCCUGAGAAUUUUGGAAAUAUGAAUCUAUUAGAAGGGUUAAAUGAUGAUCCAUCUUUUGAAGAAUCUACAAAUAGUCUUUUGUUACCUCCAUCACGUUUAUAUCCGGAUAUUAAAAGAGUAAAUUCUCAUUCAAGUUCAUACCAGUCUAGACGUGAUUUUCGAAAAAUUCUGUCAGUAAAAUCAGCAUUGAAUGUUCGUAUGAGAACUACUAGUGUGUCACCUUUAGAUAAUGCUUUAAUGAUGUCUGUUGAGUUAGAAAAUAAUACAGAUGCAGGUGGCUCAUUUUCUGUUGAGGUGGUUAAUGUAGAAAUUGCUUACGGUUUUGUGACAAGAUAUGAUUGGGGACCCAAGGAUAAGAAAGAUAAAUUCCCGUUAAUUCUUAAUCCAGUUGACCAAGUGACAUUUUUAUAUAAUAUAACGAUUCUUGAUGACCCUUCUUUUCCAAAAUUAGCUCCAACAUAUUACCCUACACCAAAUCCCCACUCACGACCUACUUCACGUCGUUCAUCUACAGCUUCAGUCUUUUCAGUCAAUUCUUUAUAUACACCAUCAUCUGAAGAUCGUCAACGACAUGUAUCCAUUGUUGUUAAAGGGUCACCCGUUCAUGAUGGUAUGAAAAGUAGAAGUAUUGAAUCUAGAUGGAAUUGUAUGUUAGAUUUAUCUAAUUUGCGUAGACGUGAAGAUACCUAUCCGCCGCCAGGUGUGCCUCAAAAUCAAAGAUCUUCACUUCAAUCAAGACCGGGUCAAAUAACAUCUCCUUCAUCGGCAAGAAGUGGUAAUUUAUUUUCACCAACCGGUUCAAUGACACCUACAGCUAAAAGUUUUUUCUCAGCUGAAACUAAUGGACGUGGAAGGAGACAAUAUUCAGGUCUUCCCACAAUACCUGAUGAUCAUAAUCUUAGUAAUGGAAUUCUUAUAAGUGGAAGAACCCCAUUAACAGAGAAACCCGCAGAAGUAGAAGUUGGCGAUGGAGUUGUUGUAUCGUUUUUAGUUACAUCUAAAGUAUAUGUGGGUAAAGUAUUUACAAUACAUGUUUUUGUCGUUAACAGAUCAAAACAUGUUCGAAGAUUUACUGUGAUGGUUCCUAAUAAAAAGCGACCUAAUGAGAAAGCUAUUAGAAAUUUAGUAGCAGCUCCAUUAGGAGCAAAGGUAAUACAAAAUGAUCAAAUCGUUAUUGGGAAUGGAAAUCAGCCAAAUCAAUUAGAACCAUUCUUGGAUGAAUCAGAUUUCAUAAAGAAGUAUCUAGAAACGGAGACACCAGAUGCAGAUAUUGUUUGUUUAGAAAAUAAUGUCAGAGUUGGUCCAUUACAUCCUUCAACAUGUGAAUCAGUUGCAUUACACUUUAUUGCAAUUAAAGAAUCAUUACACAUGAUCGAACUUGUGCAAUUAGUUGAUAAUGAUACGGGAUUUAUCACAAAUUUACGUAAUGUAUUGGAGAUUCAUGUUUCUAAAUCCUUUAAUCUUAAUUUAACAAAGGAUAGAAGUUCAGAAAUAUAUAAUAAUUCUACUACUAGUAGUAGAGUAGUUGAAGUUAAUUAA